CUUAACACACAAGGAAAAUUUUCGUGGGCAAACAAAGCUAAAUAAGUUGUGAAAGGAAACAUGAGCAGUGUGACUAAGCGCAGUUUCUAAUUUAACUAAAUUCCAAUUCAAAUUCAAAUUCACAAUAAAAACUAUCGAUCAAAACGGCAAAGAAACAAGCAAACAAACCAAACGCACAAUGAAACUGAUAAGUUUAAUGCAGCUGAUAACACAAUGAAACUCAUCCACGUAUCCCAAAUGCAAUUAUGAAAUAAUCAGCCAAAAACACAAGCAAGCGCCAUCAGCAAGUGAGGAAAAUCCAGCCAGCCCAAGAAUUUCCACGUGCAACAUUGGCAAGCUGCAGCGACCACAAAUCGUCUACACAUUGAUGUGCGAUUUGAGCGUGUGAAUGUUGGCAGCCCUGGAGCCCUGCCUCGGUGGUUUAGCCAGUACUAGGGGAUGUCGGGGUGUGAUCAAAGCACUGUCGAAUCAUUGGCCGACGAUCCAACAGAUUCACCAUUCGACGCCGAUGAUUGUCUCAAGGUGCGCAAGUACUGGUGCUUUCUGCUCUCCAGCAUCUUUACAUUCCUUGCUGGCCUGCUCGUGGUGCUGCUAUGGCGAGCCUUCGCCUUCGUCUGCUGCCGCAAGGAGCCGGACCUGGGGCCCAACGAUCCCAAGCAGAAGGAGCAGAAGGCCUCCCGCAACAAACAGGAGUUCGAGGGCACCUUUAUGACAGAAGCGAAAGACUGGGCUGGAGAGCUUAUCUCGGGUCAAACAACAACUGGUCGAAUUUUGGUCGUACUCGUGUUUAUACUCAGCAUUGCAUCCCUCAUUAUAUACUUUGUUGAUGCAUCUAGCGAAGAAGUCGAAAGAUGCCAAAAGUGGAGUAACAACAUUACUCAACAGAUCGAUCUCGCAUUCAAUAUAUUUUUUAUGGUUUACUUUUUUAUACGAUUCAUAGCGGCGUCCGAUAAGCUUUGGUUUAUGUUAGAAAUGUACAGUUUUGUAGAUUAUUUUACAAUACCCCCGUCCUUCGUAUCAAUAUAUUUAGAUCGAACAUGGAUCGGUCUUCGAUUUCUUCGAGCGCUACGUCUCAUGACUGUUCCAGAUAUUUUACAAUAUUUAAACGUACUAAAAACAUCGAGCUCCAUACGCUUGGCUCAACUAGUAUCAAUUUUUAUAUCCGUGUGGUUAACAGCAGCGGGCAUUAUACAUCUGCUGGAGAACUCUGGCGAUCCGCUGGAUUUUAAUAAUGCUCAUCGUUUAUCGUAUUGGACCUGUGUCUAUUUCCUAAUUGUGACCAUGUCAACGGUAGGAUAUGGUGACGUUUACUGUGAGACUGUCCUGGGAAGAACAUUUCUCGUGUUCUUUCUGCUCGUCGGCUUGGCAAUGUUUGCCAGCAGUAUACCGGAGAUAAUUGAACUCGUCGGUAGUGGCAAUAAGUAUGGCGGUGAACUGAAAAGAGAACACGGAAAGAGACAUAUUGUGGUAUGCGGUCAUAUAACAUACGAAUCCGUGUCGCAUUUCCUGAAGGACUUCCUCCACGAAGAUCGGGAGGAUGUCGAUGUCGAAGUGGUCUUUCUCCAUCGUAAACCACCCGAUUUGGAACUUGAGGGUUUGUUCAAACGUCAUUUUACCACCGUGGAGUUCUUCCAAGGAACCAUUAUGAAUCCGAUCGAUCUUCAGAGGGUUAAGGUUCAUGAAGCCGACGCCUGCCUUGUGCUAGCUAACAAAUAUUGCCAAGAUCCCGACGCAGAAGAUGCUGCCAACAUCAUGAGAGUCAUCUCGAUCAAAAACUACAGCGACGACAUUCGAGUCAUCAUCCAGCUGAUGCAGUACCACAAUAAGGCGUACUUGCUGAACAUACCAUCGUGGGACUGGAAACAGGGCGACGAUGUCAUCUGCCUGGCCGAACUCAAGCUGGGCUUCAUUGCCCAGAGUUGUUUGGCGCCCGGGUUCUCGACCAUGAUGGCCAACCUGUUCGCCAUGAGAUCGUUCAAGACGUCACCAGACACACAGGCCUGGCAAAAUGAUUAUCUUCAAGGUACAGGGUGUGAGAUGUACACCGAAACCCUAUCACCUUCAUUUACCGGCAUGACAUUCCCACAAGCCAGCGAACUGUGCUUCUCCAAGCUGAAGCUCCUGCUGCUGGCCAUCGAGAUCAAGGGCGCCGAGGAGGGGGCGGACAGCAAGAUUUCCAUCAAUCCGCGGGGCGCCAAAAUCCAGGCCAACACCCAGGGUUUCUUCAUAGCACAAAGCGCCGACGAGGUGAAGCGUGCCUGGUUCUACUGCAAGGCCUGUCACGAGGACAUCAAGGACGAGACGCUGAUCAAGAAAUGCAAAUGCAAAAACUUGGCCACCUUCCGGAAAGGCGUCCGAGCCGUACAAAUGGUUGGGCGUGCAAAAGACGAUGAAUACUCGUUGUCAAAUGAACACCAUCCUGCACCCACAUUUACGCCUCCAGAGCUACCCAAGCGGGUGCAUGUGCGUGGAUCUGUAUCGGGUGAUAUCACUCGUGACAGAGAAGAUACGAAUCUACUCAAUCGCAAUGUGCGCCGUCCGAAUGGCACCGGCAACGGUACAGGUGGCAUGCAUCACAUGAACAACACGGCAGCGGCGGCUGCAGCAGCUGCGGCGGCGGGUAAACAGGUGAACAAGGUGAAGCCCACGGUGAAUGUGAGCCGGCAGGUGGAGGGCCAAGUGAUAUCGCCAUCGCAGUACAACAGGCCACCAGAGAAUGAUGCUAACCCUUAUGCGGGCUAUCAACUUGCUUACGAAGUUAAAAAGCUCAUGCCGACGAGUCGCAGUUCCGGCACGGGCACUCAGAAUCAAAACGGCGGCGUAUCCUUGCCCGCCGGCAUUGCGGACGACCAGUCGAAGGACUUUGAUUUCGAGAAGACCGAAAUGAAGUACGACUCGACGGGCAUGUUCCACUGGAGUCCGGCAAAGAGCUUAGAAGACUGCAUACUGGAUCGCAACCAGGCGGCCAUGACCGUGCUGAACGGCCAUGUGGUCGUCUGUCUGUUUGCCGAUCCCGAUUCGCCGCUGAUCGGGCUGCGUAAUCUGGUGAUGCCGCUGCGGGCGUCCAACUUCCACUACCACGAGCUGAAGCACGUGGUCAUUGUGGGCUCGGUGGACUACAUUCGACGCGAGUGGAAGAUGCUGCAGAACCUGCCCAAGAUCUCGGUGCUCAACGGAUCGCCGCUGAGUCGCGCCGAUCUGCGGGCGGUGAAUGUCAAUCUGUGUGAUAUGUGCUGCAUCCUGUCGGCGAAAGUUCCUAGCAACGAUGAUCCCACGCUGGCCGACAAGGAGGCGAUCCUCGCCUCGCUGAACAUCAAGGCCAUGACCUUUGACGACACCAUCGGUGUGCUCAGCCAGCGCGGCCCGGAGUUCGACAACCUGAGCGCCACCGCCGGCAGUCCCAUUGUGCUGCAGCGGAGGGGUUCGGUGUAUGGCGCCAAUGUGCCCAUGAUAACAGAACUGGUCAAUGAUAGUAACGUGCAGUUUCUCGAUCAAGACGACGACGAUGAUCCAGAUACAGAACUAUAUCUGACGCAGCCUUUCGCCUGCGGCACAGCCUUCGCUGUGAGUGUGUUAGACUCGCUGAUGUCCACGACCUACUUCAAUCAAAACGCCUUAACGCUGAUCCGCUCACUGAUAACGGGCGGCGCCACGCCCGAGCUGGAACUGAUCCUGGCCGAGGGAGCUGGCCUCCGGGGAGGUUACAGCACCGUGGAGAGUCUGAGCAAUCGCGACAGAUGUCGAGUGGGCCAAAUCUCACUGUACGACGGUCCGUUGGCUCAAUUUGGGGAGUGCGGCAAGUAUGGGGAUCUGUUUGUGGCAGCCCUCAAGUCGUACGGAAUGCUGUGCAUCGGACUAUACCGAUUCAGGGAUACCAGCUCCAGUUGUGAUGCGAGCAGCAAACGUUAUGUAAUAACCAACCCACCCGAUGACUUUUCACUACUGCCAACAGAUCAGGUAUUCGUUUUAAUGCAAUUCGAUCCGGGCCUGGAGUACAAGCCGCCAGCGGUACGAGCACCUGCCGGCGGACGAGGCACCAACACACAGGGUUCCGGGGUCGGUGGGGGCGGCUCCAACAAGGAUGAUAACUCUUGAUUGUUACUGUGUAGCGCCUUAACUGAUGGUCCUUAUUCGUACAUUUGAACGAUGGAGAAGCUAAUCGAGGGCAGAGCAGCGCAUUUGUGGCAACGCAUCCACAACUACCUAUUGGCAUAAGAUAUUCGAUACUCGACAAAUCGGCAGCGAAAUGAAAAGACAUAUUUGUAUGUAAAUCGAUUGUACCGUGUACAAAAGUGAAAUCAAAAGCGUUAAUAAGUUAGAGAAUACGAUCAUAACUUGCGUGCCAUGAAAUGCGCUACUCUGCUCAUUUAUGUGUGUGAAGGCAUGCGGCUCGGUGUAUUUUGUCCAUCCAAACUAACAAUCAAGAGACAACCGGAACCGGAACCACUGACCAACAGAUCAACGUCGACGGCAAACGCCGCCUGUCUCCACACAUAUAAAAUAUAUAGCUAAUCCGGAUCGGGGGACCAAGAACUAUAGCCCUGAUAUCCAUCGUUCAACUGCCAACUGAUUGCUUCCCACAUCAUUCCGUAUGCCUUUUUAGAACCUUGAAAUUAUCAUAUUCUGUAUAUCUAUAAUUUUAGUCUUGCAACUACAUUGGUUGACUUUCUAUCCUUGUUUAUCCCUAUUAUUUUGUAUUCAACCUUGUGUGCCCCCCAAUAAAAUAUUCUUAUUAUUAUUUAACUUUUAAGUUGGUUUGUCAUUUGGUUUUCCCUCGAUUUCGUUCUCCAAGCAACAAUCAUUAGUUAUACUUAUGGGUAUGUAUUUACGUAUGAGUGCUGUCGACUAUCAUUUACAUUUGCAUUUACAUUUAUACUCAAGAAUCAUUUAUCACUAAUUUUCGUUUACAUUUUGAGUUCACUUCAUGGCGCUAUCAUUGCAUAAGAAACAAUUGAAAAUUGAAUUCUAAACGAAAAUCCAUCUCAAUGGUGUGACGUAAGCAAUUGGGAACCAUUAGUGAGGUAAGCUACACAUUAAACAAGGAAACAAGGAACACUGAGCGAAAAACAAGAAACUACCAAAUACUACAAACUAAGUCUACUCGAUCUGUGUACUCUCAUGUCUCAAAAUCUAUCUCUAAGUCGCUGAAAUGACGCGGCCACAACGCAACAAUUUAUAUCGAACACACCAAUUAAAAACACUGCAAGCAAUGCAUUGCGGAUUGCUUUUGGCUGAGAUACAGAUACAGAUACUGAUAGCGAGAUACAGAUACAAGGCAAUGAGGCUAAAAUUCAAAAACUGCAUUUAGAAGUUUCUGAGCAUGCGCAAAACGAUUUAUGUAGAGCAGAGCAUAUUGUAAUCAUUCAACUUUUAAUGUAAAACCUAAAAACACAAAUAUCGAUUAACGACACCUAUACACGUAACACCUAAAAGCCAACAAUCUGCUAGCUAAUUCGUAUGCCCAAAACAAAAACAAACACAUAUGGCUCGACCUGAACCUUUAUGAAAGCCAGAGAAAACAUGGUUGUUUCUACCGAGGAAUCGCCCAAUCGAGGCCGUUUUGAGCCAAACACUAAACACCAUAUGCAAAGUACUACACUUAACUAGAGGAGUCUCAGCUUUUUCACUCGACACAAGUCAAAUUUGCUAAUUGCUAAUUCUAAAUUGAACAACUUCUUACAUUCACAUCUUUACACAAAUGAAAAACCAAAAACACACAGGGGAGAAAACCCUGAGAAAAUAUUGUAAGUAGCGCAUUCGAAUCAUAAUUGAAUACCACUUAAUAUAGAGGACACCUAGGCCGGAAUAUAGAGUGCGACGAAGCUGAUGAAAUGUAGUUAGUAAUAUUUUUUAGUGUAUGUGAAUGUGUGCGCUUUUUACCAGCGAUUUACGAGCAGCAACUGUGGUGUUCUAAACAAAUUUUGAUAGAUACAAUCGGUAACCAAAUGGCGAAAACGUUAAGUUCCAACUCCGACUUCUGGCUAUAACCUUCUGUACUAACUUCUCUAACAACUUCACGCACUUGCGCUCGAAACUUUCAAAAGGAACGCUCUGAAUUUUUGUACAUAGCCUGUAAAUAUGAUAAGUAACUAAAGUAUCUCGAGUACGAUAUCGUUUAACCCGUUUAUCCUGUGCUGUUUCGUUUUGCCGUUCAAAAUGCAAGAGUUUUCGGAUCAUAAUUGUAAUUUGUUCAAAUGAUAAACACUGCCAAAGCGUAUAGAAAUCACAUUAAAUGUAGAUCACAACCAAAAACCAAUGACAAAAAAAAGAAAAGCCAGCAAAAACGAGCAGACAGCAUUCAUCAAUAGUGGGAAAACCAAAGAAGCGUAACAAGAAAAUGGCACAGAAUAGCAACCACUGGAUUUGUUUUGUUUGAUUGUUUCCACACACGAUUAGCGAAUAACAAAUUUAAGUAAAACGAAUUCGAGCUUUUAAAUUUAAUACGAAGAAUGAAAAAUACAAAAUCGAACAUAACCAUUUAUAAGUGAAAAGCGAAAAUAAAGGAGAGCCAAUUACCAUUUCGUUUCAUGAUUGGAUUGAUUUGUAGUGGAAUUUUGUGCAGUCUAGGCUUACCCAGAACGUAAAUUAAAAACAAAAUAUGUGAAUAUUAUGCGCCUUCGAAAUUGAUGUAAACGUGUAUGUAGCCGUGCGAUGUGAGAAACAUUUAAACUCCAUUAAAAUACAUUUAAUGGUAAUGAUAAUGAUAAAGCUAAUGGUAAUGGUAAACGUAAAGGUAAAGGUAACGAUAAUGGUAAAGGUAAUGAUUAACGUAAUAGUCAAGUGUAAAUGUUAACGAAUCGAGAGCAUAGCAUAGCUUAGCAUAAACUACGACGACUAGUUAUCGCGACAAGCAGUUCAUAUAUUGUUAAUGAUAAACUUAUUAUUAAAUCGACAACAAAACGCAUUUGCAAUCCUAACAUAAUAUUAAUAAUAAUAAAAUGAAAAGAAAAUAAAAUAAAAAAUCGAUGAAUAGGCCGUGGCGUAGCGAAAACCCAAAAGUUAAACAUAAUUUUUAAAUGAAUAAACUAGUUAUUAAAUUUAUAGAAACCUCACUUAUACACCUACACCACACCAAUAAUUACACACACAGACACUCAAAAAACCCACACUCACACACAAACACACACAGUCAACAGCGAUGAACCCAACAACAAGAACAAAAAUGAACUCUCGAUGUUGUGAAACUUGAUAAAAUCAUGUUUACGCUAUAGCAGAUCUUCAUAAAUGAAAUACAAAUGAAUGCAGAUAUAGUACAUACUCAACCAAGGAAAACCAGAAACUAUCCGAAAGAAAGCUUCUCUGAAUCAAAGGAAAUUAAUCGAAAAAAAUAUAGAAAAGAAAAACACGCUGACAAAGCUGCCUUUCCCAUUCGCAUUUCCCAAUUGAUAAUUGAUAUUUGAUAAUUGAUAAUAACUUCGAGUAUUUUUCCACUUCGCUCAAUUCAACACUUCCGAGCAGCUUUGUUUUUCAACAAAUAAUAUAUAUUUACAUGCAUAUAUAUUAAUAAUGUCGCAUACAAACUACUCAAUGCCGUAUAAACUAGUGUAAGUGCAAAGGUUUUUGUAGAAAACUCGUAAAUAAAAAACCAAACCAAAAAAAAAACGUAUAAAAUAUAUUAUCAUACUCGUAAAUGUGAAGCUAUGCAGCAUUUUACUGUAGUUAGAUUUUUUGUAUAGAAUCAACGUUUGCAGCUAAAAACCAAAAACGAAAACCGAAACUAAUAUGAUAAUUUUACAGGUUUAAGGCGGAAAUGUUCAUUUUUUUAAGGAAUAACGAUAUUAAGAUAUCAUAAUUAACAUAACAAAUAGCAACUAAAAACCAAGCAAAAAAAAGAAAAACGAAAAAAUAUUUUUUAUAAUUUCGCAGCACUUUCACAUGAUACCCGCACACGCACACAUACACAUCCGGCAAUGUGUGCUAAAUAAAUUGUAUAAAUAUUGCAAGCCAAAAAAAAAAAAAAUAAAUAAAAUGCAAAUCAUAUUAAUGUAGUUACAUUUUUUUAGUUUUUACUCGCUAUUUAUAUGAGGUAUAUUUACACAACGGAAAACGUAAACGUAGACAUAAAAUAAACGUAAAAAAGCGA